GUAUUAAGCUGACCAAAGAUAAGCUCUUUUCUUUUGUAGCUGUAAUUUUUGCUUCUCUUCUUGCAAACCCUUUCUUCCCUUCCCAACAAAGUUUCCAACUUUCAGUCUCAACUAUUCGAAAAAUUCUCUCGUUCUGGUUACCCAUUUGACUCUGUUCUCCGCAGAGUCCCCCAGAUCUCUUCACCCCCUUUAUCUCUGCUUCCAAUUCCAAUGGCCGGUCGCUAUGACAGUAACCCCUUCGAUGAAGAAGAAGUUAAUCCCUUCUCUAAUCCUGGAACUGUUGCCCCUGCCACAAAUUCAAGGCUUCCACCUUUGAAGCCAGAACCUGCUGAUUACAAUUAUGGCUUUGGUGCGACUGUUGACAUACCUCUUGAUUCAUCGACGGAUAUGAAAAAGAAGGAGAAGGAACUCCAAUCCAAGGAGGCUGAAUUGAGAAGACGGGAACAGGAACUGAGAAGAAAAGAAGAAGCAGUUGCACGAGCUGGAAUUGUUAUUGAGGAGAAGAAUUGGCCACCUUUUUUCCCCAUUAUCCAUCAUGAUAUUGCUAAUGAAAUUCCAAUUCAUCUUCAGAGACUGCAAUACGUUGCAUUUACUACGUUGUUAGGAUUAGCAUUGUGCCUGACAUGGAACAUUGUAGCUGUCACUGCAGCUUGGAUUAAGGGUGAAGGUGUAAAAAUAUGGUUUCUUGCUAUUAUCUACUUCAUAGCAGGGGUUCCUGGAGCAUAUGUUUUGUGGUAUCGCCCACUAUAUCGUGCUUUUAGGAAUGAAAGUGCUUUGAAAUUUGGAUGGUUCUUCAUGUUUUACCUGCUUCACAUUGGAUUCUGCAUCUUAGCUGCAGUUGCUCCUCCUAUAGUUUUCAAAGGAAAAUCCCUGACAGGCAUUUUGUCUGCCAUAGAUGUGCUGGGUGACCAUGCUUUGAUUGGCAUCUUCUACUUCAUUGGAUUUGGACUAUUCUGCAUCGAAACAUUGAUCAGCAUUUGGGUUAUUCAGCAAGUGUACAUGUACUUCCGUGGCAGUGGCAAGGCUGCGGAGAUGAAACGGGAGGCUGCAAGGGGAGCAAUGAGGGCUGCAAUCUGAUCAAACCAUCUCGUACCGGAAAGCAGUGUGGUCGGCGUUGUGCCUGGAUCAAUGUAAAAAUCAGUAGCCACAGAAAUCACGACAGAGAAUAUGUUACCUAGCGUGAUUUUUGUUUAUAACGUUUGUUCAUGUAUUUUCCCACCGUUUUGUUUUACAUGCUACCUAUUAAUGUGGUUUGUGUAGUGUAUAUUAUAAGCAGAUUAGUAGACAUAACAGUGGCUUGUAGAAACGUGCUCAAUUUUAUUCUUAGUUUUGGUUCA